UUCUUUCCUCGCUGCGUCUAUUUUAUUUCAUUGCUUUCUUCCUCCUCUGCUAUAAACGUUCCUCGUACACCUGCCACGGACAGGGAGAGAGAAGAAUCCACAGUUCCUACACGGAACGCAAGCGAUAAAUUCUAAACCCGAACACAGGGGAACCUUCAUAAAUCGAAUAAAGCUUAUGCAUGACGACGUCGUAGCGGUGGAAGCGAGAAACCGAUACAUACAGAUUUCAGAGUUGUUUGUUACUAAAUGCACGCAUUCAACAGGAUACCGAGCAGCGGACACACGACUCCGUCACCGCCACAUUCGCCGCUUCGUUCCCCGAGGUAUCGCCACGGGGGUAGCCGCUCCAAGCGCUUUACCUCGCCGUCCCUCCCACCUGGUCGGACACCUGCUCACCGCCUCGCUUGGCGUCUUCUUUCUGUACUCAUCCGCUGCCAGGGGAUUUUACUCUUUGCCCCGCUUAUUUAUAUAUCUGGUAUGCUUUUGUAUAUGGGAACGGUUUCAUUUGAUGUUGUUUCGAUCAUUAAGUACAGGCCUGCACCUGGUUCUGUCUACCGGAGUCCUCAGUUUUACCAAAAACUCCGACCUGAAAUUGAUGCGGAUAAUUCCUCUGACGAUGCGCUAUCAACCUUGUGGAAAAACUCACAUAAAGCGGGUGAAUGGAGAUCAUGUGUGAAGAAGUCUUCAGGAGGAUUACCUGAAUCAAACGGUUACUUGUAUGUUGAGGCAAAUGGUGGCCUGAAUCAGCAGAGGACAUCGAUAUGCAAUGCAGUUGCUGUGGCAGGCUAUCUAAAUGCAACACUUCUCAUCCCAAAUUUUCAUUAUCAUAGCAUUUGGAAAGAUCCCAGCACAUUUAGUGACAUCUAUGAUGAAGAUUAUUUCAUCAGUACCUUGAAAAAUGAUGUACGAGUGGUAGAUAAGAUUCCUGAGCAUCUUAUGGAGCGUUUUGAUCAUAAUUUUACCAAUGUCUUUAACUUCAGAGUGAAAGCAUGGUCAUCUAUUCAGUACUACAAGGAUGUCGUACUUCCAGCACUAUUGGAGGAAAAGGUUAUAAGGAUUUUUCCUUUUGCAAAUCGAUUAUCAUUUGAUGCCCCUCCAGCUGUUCAACGUCUUAGGUGCCUGGCAAAUUAUGAAGCAUUGAGGUUUUCAAAUACCAUAUUAACUCUGGGAGAAGCUUUAGUGGCGAGAAUGAAAGAACGCAGUGCAAACCAUGCUGGGAAGUAUGUUUCCGUACAUCUUCGUUUCGAGGAGGAUAUGGUUGCUUUUUCUUGCUGUGUAUUUGAUGGCGGAGAGGAAGAAGAAAAAGACAUGGCAGCAGCAAGAGAAAGAGGUUGGAAAGGGAAAUUUACAAGACCUGGUCGUACCAUACGUCCUGGAGCAAUUAGGCUUGAUGGGAAGUGCCCCCUUACUCCUUUAGAGGUAGGCCUGAUGCUCAGAGGCAUGGGUUUUGAUAAAAACACGCACAUAUUUUUAGCAUCUGGAAAGAUAUACAAUGCCGAAAAGUAUAUGGCCCCACUAUUGGAAAUGUUUCCAAAUUUGCUAACUAAAGAAAAACUGGCAUCUGAGGAUGAGCUUGCUCCAUUUAAGAACUAUUCUUCCAGGAUGGCUGCAAUAGAUUACACUGUUUGUCUUCACAGUGAAGUGUUUGUGACAACUCAAGGUGGGAACUUCCCUCAUUUUCUGAUGGGCCAUAGGAGAGUUUUGUAUGGUGGACAUUCGAAGACAAUUAGGCCAGACAAGCGAAAGUUAGCAGUGCUCUUUGAUGAUCCAAAUAUUGGGUAUUCAUUCGUUUGUCUUAAGUUUUCCUCCCAAAUGAUCAAUUUUAUUUCUCAAGUGUGGAAAAUUGGCAGAAAGAUGGAAGAGCUUCAAGCAACAUAUGCUGAGUAUGCGGUCUCACAGUGAUUCCAAAGGAUUUGAACUCAAAAGGCCAAAUGAUUCCAUAUAUUCCUUUCCAUGCCCGGAUUGCAUGUGUCGUUUGCACAAGACAAAUAGAAGAUCAUUAGCUACAUGAUCUGCUUGGAGAGCUUUUGAUGGUUGAUUCUUCGGCCCAAUUUUGAUUAGCAGAUAUUGCUGCUGACCCCCAUUUUUUGUGGUGUGAUUCUUUCGUUUCUUUUUUUUUUUUUACCCCCUUCCCUUCGACAAGAGGUCAUACGCUUCCAUUUUUGUGGCUUCAAAGACCAAUGGAGAUUGCAGUCAUCUGAUUAAUUACUGGGAUUGGACAUAGGGGGAUCUGCAUCUUUUGUACAUGAUGUUGGUGAAUAUACAGACAACAUUCUUUCAUUGCAGGUAAUGACCCGGUCAUUAACUGAGGCAUAAUUUUCAUACAUGCUGCUUCAGCUGCUGUAUCUAAUUCUGUAAAAUGAUACUUCUGAUUCUUUCCUACCCCUGAUUUGUUCUUGCUUGUAAGUCAGUUGAGGUUUGAUCAAUCUUUUUAGGACCUUAGGAACAGGAACUUUUGUACAAUUCAUGGCAAAUCAGGGUAUUGAUUUUUUUUUUUUUUCCUUUGAUGGCAUUCUUAUUCAUCCCUGCAAAUAAUAAUUAUUUGUGCAGUGUUCGUAUUGUUGUCUAGUGGCGCAAAGGCUACCUUUCUUUUCUUCA